AAUUUUUGCUCUGCGCUACACCGUAUUUCACCAAGCAAACAAACUCAAUAUGCGUUAUUCUUACAUUUGAACAUUAAAAACAUGGCUUUACAUGUUUCAAAAAACAAAUAAACAGACGAAGAUGGGAUGUUAAUUUACCAAGAAAACUAAAUGUGGUCUCGUUUAGUUAUCAUAUAUGCUAUUUCUAGCAUGGUUGUGUUAUUACAUGAAACAUAUUCAGCAUCCAUUUGUAGAUGUGAAAAUUAUGCAUAUAACGGAAAGCCUUUUGUCGCCGUAUGGAAUUCUCCAACGAUAGGAUGCGACUUUAACUUUAGUGCGCCUAUCCAUUUAAAAAAGUUUGGUAUAUAUGAAAACGAUCAACAGAAGUGGGAUGGCAAGAGAGUAUCUGUAUUUUCAUCAGCUCAGUUGGGAUUAUAUCCUUACUUCAUUAUGAAUGGUGAAAGUAGUUACAAUGGUGGCUUGCCACAAUUGGUUGACUUAAACGAACAUUUACGAAAAGCACGAAACGACAUUAUGACAAAAAUGCCGGAUCCGAAUUAUAACGGUUUAGCUGUUAUUGAUUGGGAAGCCUGGCGACCAAUUUGGGAAACCAAUUGGAAUACUAAAAGAAUAUAUAAAGUCAGGUCGGUCGAGCUUGUCAGAAGUCAACAUCCAACAUGGACACUCAAUAAGUUGAUAGAACAAGCUAAACACGAGUUUGAAGAUGCAGCUCGUGCUAUGUUCGAACAUACAAUAACUCUCGGAAAAGAGCUGAGACCGAAAGCUUUGUGGGGGUUUUAUGGCUUCCCAGACUGCUACGCAAAUAAGGAGAAUAGGUACCAAUGCACUCCUGAGGUUCAAAAACAGAACGAACAGCUGGAAUGGUUGUUUUCCGUGAGCACAGCGUUAUACCCCUCGAUGUACCUGUUAGAAGAACACCCAGAUAAUCGAGAUUACGUGCUUGGGAGACUAAGAGAAACACUACGUUUCGCUACUAAAGGAUUUGGAAAAAAUAGAAAAAAUAUUCCUAUUUUUGCUUAUCACAGAAAUAUUUAUGAAAAUUUUCCAGGAGCAUUUAAAUUUUUGUCUAAGGAUGAUCUGGAUCACACUAUUGGUGCUGCAGCAGAUAUUGGGGCAGCCGGUGUGGUAUUGUGGGGGAACAGAUAUGAUGAGAAUACGUCACCAGAAGUUUGUCAGAGUAUUGAUGGUUACGUCUCAGAAACUCUUGGUCCAUACCUUAUGAAUAAAAUAAAACAGAUAGAGUCAUGCAGCAACGCAAAGUGUAAUCAUCGCGGUCACUGCGUGCAAAAAGCCAUUCUCACACCAGCUUUAUUGAAACGUUACGAGAAUGAGCAAAGACUUUCUUCAUGCGCUGGUCCAACAUCUCUUCUUCAUAAUGGCAAUGUUAUUCAAAAGAAAAGCGAAGUACCAGAAGCACCAUUCACAAACAAUACAGCAUACACACCCACAGCACAAAAUAUUUCUCAAAAUUAUGCUGAGUCAGGAUAUAACAUUGAUUUAGGCGCCACACAUGGAGGAGCGUUAGUAAAUCACUCCACUAUGGAUUCAUUUUUUCAACAAUUGAACGGCACCAACCUAAAUGCUUCUAAAGUUCAUCAGGAAAACGUGAAACAUCGAAACAACAGCAAGACGAUGGAGGCUGUCCAUCAUAAUGCGACACAUGGUGGAGGCAUAAAUAAUCAUAGUGCCGUAACUCAUCACCUUGGUAUCAGAACAGAAAAUAGCACUCGAGGAAAAAUAGCGAAACUUCCAAACGUGAAGAAGUCUGAUAUUCCUCAUCCUUUGGCAGGAAAACAAAUGUUAUUAAAGCAGAAACAACACAACCUUACAAUGAAUAAAAAAAAAUCAAUGUUAGUCCACCAACUUUUAUCAAGUGUCCAAGGUAGCCUCAUCACGACGCCAGAAUUAUUAAGAAAACAUAACAUUACAAACUAUGGCGGACGUCCUAAUAAUAGCAAAAAAUCAAGAAUAAUGCGACCAUCUUCUGGGAAAGUACCACUCAUGUCAACAAAAAAGUCUCGCAGGUCAUGGAUGCCACAUAUGUAUGUCAUUCUGAUUGGUGUAUCGCUUGGGGGAGCAGUCUUGUUCUCUGUAAUCUUUGUUUCUGUAUAUUAUUAUAUAAGUCUAAGAAAUACAUUUACUACUAAACAUGGAGAAGGUCAGCUUUUUACAGAUGAAGAAAAACCCUCCACUGUCCAACCCAAAGCACACUCGAGUCCUAAAGGUACUGAAUCAACGCGGAAGGGAAAAGAACCCAAAAAUAUUAAACAACGAGAAAACGAGGCGCGCAAAGAAUCAACGCGUGAACAAAAACACGAUGAAGAAGAAGAAAAAGAAAAUAAGUGUAAAAAGGAAAGUGAAAGAAGUAAAGUGAAAAGGGUUAACAGUUUUAAACGAUUUAAAAGUUUGGAACGAUCUAAUACGUCACAAGAGGCCAAACCAACAAAAACAGAACCACCUCAAGAUGUGAAGAGAUCCUCUUCUCGUUCACGUAGUUGUGAUAAAAAGUCAAGAGACAAUAGUAAAGACCGCUCAAGGGGUCGCGAUGCACGCGGUAACUCAAAUAUUCCUCAGUUAAAACGUUCUAAUAGUCAUCGCAGUCGGUCUGCAAGACGAGCAAGAAAUUCUGAUGAAGAAUCAGAAUAUGAAGUCAAUAUUAAUGAACUUCGUUAGCGAUGAUCUCUCUAUAUACUGUAUUCUCAAUAAAUUCAACUCAAAGAUAUUCACAUUUUUAAUGGAAGAUGAAACAAAGAAACCAAAGGAAUUUUGCAUGUGGGGGUUAUAUUCGAGAUAAAGGUUUUCCCAACAAUUAUCACGUUGACAUAAAGAUAUAGUCAAAUUUCUUCUCGAGAUUAAUUUUAAGUUUUCAAUUGUAAAUUUUUUUAUUUUUUUUAUACUUUUUCACUUUUUUUACGUAUAAAUUUUGUAUCUCCAAUUUUUGUCGAUUUCCACAUUUCUGGUA